UUUCAAUAUACCUACCUACAUAUUCAGCUUUUGAUGUCUUCAGAUCCUACCUCUCUACUCUGACAUAUGGGCUUUGUAUAGGUGUAUAAGUCUAUUCCCCUUCUUGAAUACUUUUCUGAAUUGUCCUUGUCCUAAGCACACUUCCAAAGUGCAAACCAGGAAAUCCCUCAGUUGCAUCCGGAGUCCUCCUCCAUUUCAACUUUAUGAUCAGAGGCAGAUUCACUUCUCCUAGAGCAGCGACAACAGUUAAUUUAGCCUGCACCAUGCGAAAACCUAGAUCCGCCUGCGCGAAUGCCUGUACGCCCCUGUUAGUUCACCCACAUUGCAGCACAGGAACGUCUAAUCUCAACAUUUCUUGAACCAUCGCAAUGUCUUCCUCAGCACCACAUUCGCCAACUGCAUAUCGCGGCUCUGAUGCAGACUCUAAGCGCUCACCAUCUCGACAAUCUCCAUCAAAAAUGGCUCGAAUGAAUCAACCAGGCGCGGAGAGAGCCUCAUCCAUGCCAGCACACCGACUGUCAUCACCUUUCGCAGAUGUCCCGCAGAUUAGACCCCGGCUAAACCAGUACUACACGAUCGACCAUGCAGUGUCGUUGUUCAAGACAUGCAAGAACAUCGUCAUUCUGACAGGCGCAGGCAUCUCGACUUCUCUGGGUGUCCCUGACUUUCGGUCGUCGAACGGAGUCUACGCUCUUCUGAAAGACUCGAUCUACGAUGACCCGCAGGAACUGUUUCACAUCGACAACUUCAAGGCAAACCCGGAGGAGUUCUUCAAGCAGGCUGCCAAGGUGUUUCCCAAGAUGCAAGGAGUCACGCCAGAGGGAGGAAGUGGUGGUCCCGGCAAGUCAACGUCUCAGGUUCCAACCGUCCCGAGAUACAGCUCGACACACGCCUUCAUCGCGAUGCUGCAGUCCAAAGGCAAAUUGUUGACAAAUUAUACCCAGAACAUUGACGGACUUGAAACUGCGGCGGGCAUUUCAUCCUCCAAAUUGAUUCAGGUUCAUGGGACUUUGGCUACCGCUACUUGCAUGAGCUGCGGCAAGAAGACCACUGCGCGCAAAUACAUGCCUGUCGCACAAGCCGGUGACAUUCCCGUGUGCAAGUGCUCGCUGAUCAAGGAGCCAAAAGAGACGGAGCAUCGAGGUCGCAGUGGUGCUGGCAAGAAGAAACGAAAGAGAUACGAAUUCGAAGAUUCAGACUCCGACAGCGAAGAAAGCACAAAAAGCUUUCGAAAAGGUCUACUGAAACCAGACAUGACCUUCUUCGGCGAGCAUAUUUCAUAUUCGUACGCACCUCGGUUGGAAGAGGAUAGGGACAAGAUCGACCUGCUCGUUAUUAUCGGCACGUCGCUCAAAGUGGCCCCAGUCAACGAAAUGCUUACCGCCAUCCCGCCUACAGUCCCGCAGAUCUGGAUCAGCAAAGACCGCUGCCAACGACAGGGAGUCAAAGUUGACAUUGAAUUGUUGGGUGAGUGCGAUGUCGUCGUUGAAGAGAUUGCUCGACGAGCAGGCUGGACCUCGGCAUUGGAGGACAGGAUGUGGCAACGUCAAGCAUUCUCAGAUAAGAAGAAUUCAACAGCUCCUUCAAAGAAGGCGCAGCCUCAAGUCAAGCAGGAGGAUCGUGGCCGCGUGCCGGUCAAACCUCAAGAGAGUCUCCAGUUUCGACCUAAGAAUGAUGCCAAGGACGAUCAGACCGAAGGGAGGAAGGCCGAGCUCAAGUCUGAUGGCAACGCCGGUGAUCGACCUGGAAUGGACGGCAAGGCAGUCAAUGGGAAGGCGAUCAAAUCCGAAGAGCCUACCAACGGCACAGACGGCAAGGCUCGUCCUUCAUCAACACCCAAAGUCAUCGUCGAGCUUGAAGAAGGCACAAUGUCGAGAUGGUACAUCCGCCGUGCAAAAUAAGGCUUCUGGUUUCGCGUCGGCGUUGGAUGGUGUUUGAAGCGUACUGGCUCCGGGAUGGACAAGCUACUUAGGAAACAGUUUUGCUGGGACUUAAGAUGAUGUUGUAUGGAAUGAUGAGUUGAUGAUGGCUCCCUCUUGGCUCGGAAAAUAAAGAGAUCCUCUGCUAUUAUGAAAGCCGGCCCCGCAAACCAUUACUGCGGAAACUGUUGAGUGUACUACUAGUAUGAGACAUAAAAAGCGAAGAGAGCAAAGACCGGAUUAAAACAGGUUAUGCGUCUGCACAGGCAAAGUUUGCUUUGGAGGUACCUAACCAGUGUCUCGGGUGCCGUCCCUGUAUUUGUACGAGUAUCAAAUCCCCCCUUGUCCACCAUCCUUCCAUCGGGGAAGCGGGAUGAAGUAGAAAACCUUAAGCAGAAUUGCGCAACAAAAUGCACUGGAUGCAUCUAUGCCGGUUCUUUACCAGUGUGACGACUGGCUGACGACUGUUUGCUUUCUGAUUUCACACUGUAUAGACUCUACCUCUCAUACCACUGCCAUUGUUGUCCGCGACGAAAGCCAACCCGGUGAUUUCUUUGUUUUUGUCUAAUCGUGACUCCCACAUUCAGGUGACCACAUAUAUACCGUACGAUGUGACGACCGUACAGAACAAGGGGUAAGAUACGAGGUGGCAUGUGAGCACCACUGCACCACUAGAACAAUUGAGCAGUUUAAAUGUUGGCCAGCAAAUUUGUAUACAAGCAACUUAGAGACAGACAAACAGACAACAGUUCCCUCUCGAAAUCCUAAAGAAAGGGGACAGAAAAACGUAAACUCCAACCCGAUUGUCAGAAGCAAUCAAUCA